GCUUCCGUCAGUUAUAGCGCGUCAUGACUGUAACACGAAAGUUUGCGUUGGCGGGUGGCUCAACAAUCGAUCAUGCUUCUUAUUCUCCCGUGUGUUAUUUUUAGUUAUGCGAUGGACAUCCUUAAAGAUGUGAGUGUGAGCGGGAUGCAGGACAACAGAGCGGUGAAUUACGCCGUUGCCAUGAGAGUGGACUGAUCGAGGCACUUUUUAAGGUGGCCACAGACAUGGAGAGUCCUUCUAAGAUUGACAGGCGACAGGCAUGGGCAAGCAGCCGUCGCAAGUUUCCCGUAAGAGAUGCAGAACACCGCAGCCCAUCAGCAGAACACCAGUCUCAUUUCUCUCUCCAGGAUGACGUCUUUGUAGACGGAUGCUCUGCUGGAAAGAUCGAAACCUGGCUUCAAGGUUGUGGGAAUGAAGCCAAUCCUGCCAAAACCAGUCACCUAACAACAGGCACUUUAAGGACAGGCACCACCAGUUUUGAGGAUGAUUUGAGUCUGGGUGCAGAAGCUACUGCACUGUAUGCUGCAUCAGGUGCACCACAGUUUAGCAGCACGCCUCAACAGAAACUUAACCUGCCGUUGUUCAGCAUGGGCCAGAGCGUCGCGUCCAGUGCUUUCUCAACCACUACCAACAGGACUGUUUCCAGCGUGUCUGAGGUCCUCCAAAUGCGUGCUGAAGAUGCAGAAGAGACCCUUUUCCAGCUGGGUUUCGGUUGCGAGGAACCGCAGGUCACUGCCCGCAUUCCAGUCCGCUUCUUCAACUUCCCGUCCCAGCUCAGAGGCAUCAACUUCCGCCUGUUCCUUGAAUCCCAGCUUUCCAGGAUACGCCAAGAAGACCCCUGUCUUUCAUUAGCAAGUCGUUUCCGACAAGUAGAGGCAUUGACGGCAAUGGCCAAUGCCUUCUAUUCGCUUUACUCCCAUGUGUCCCGAACGCCGCUCCAGAAGCUUGCGCCGCCCCAGUUAACCUUUACCUCCCCAAUUGUGGAGAGGACCAUGUCCCGAACCAGUGUCCGGAGUGAACCGCGUUCCCCUGUUGAAAGACUAAAAGACACAAUCUCCAAGAUGUGCUUGUACACGGGAUCCCGUGGCUCGGACUCUACGUCUCCAAGCAAUUCACCACGCAAGCGUAAAUGCAGUCUGUCAGAUGUAGUCGAGAAAAGUGCAGAAAAUGAUAAUGAAGAGUUAUGCCUUCAAAUGGAAGUCGAUGAUUUGGAACAAGACUUGGACUGGUUUACAGAGAGCAAGAAAGAACUUGAUGAGGAGACGUAUGGGGAAAACACAGAAAGGACUGAUUCCUUGGAGCAUAUACCUUGUCAGCCACUACCUGAGACGACUAAUGAAAACAUACAUAACCUCAGGCAUGCAUCAGCAGAGUGUACACCUUGCCUAGAGCCAAAAACGGACAUGGACGUGAAGUUCAAAGGUUCUGUUCUCUCGAAAAGCUGCAGGGUUACCAUGGAACCUGUUCCUAUCAUUGCCCAUGAUAUCAUAUGCCCUCAGGUUGUUGAAUAUGUGAAUCAGGCACCUUAUCGCAGCCUGCAAACAAAUAGUGUGGAUAUAAAAAACUCUCCAUUUGCACACCAGACGACAAAUAAACCUUCUGUAAGACAAUCUAAUGCAAUGAGUUUACCCAAGUCAGAUCAGUUAUGUCAGAUCACAAUCACUGGAUGGGAGGAGGACACCACUCUUUCUAACAGAGACACACAAGAGCAGAGUUCAUCCAAUAUCAAGAGGUACCUAAGCCCGGCGAAACCACUGAAUCUGAGCAAACAAGGCAACUCCUUUGAGCUCGAAGAGGUUCACAGUGCAGAGGAAGAGGAAGCCACUUCAUCAGAAUUCUGCUCUACAGUCACAUUGUCUGUUUCGACACAUCACCACAAAUCAUCGCCCCUGCGAGGGGACAGUUUUCAGUCAGACAGCAGUGGAUAUGCUGAAGAGGAUGUGCACCAUUCCUUCUUAACCCCAGAGAAAACAUAACAUCAAAUUUCAGGCUAAUGAAGGACAGAGUGCAUCUACUAAUACCCUAAAAGUCAACAUGAAAUGCUGUUCGCAAACCCAUGUUUCUAAGUGGAUUUGUCCUUUGUCUGUGGAAUCGCUUGCACAGAUAAACCAUGCACAAGGAGCAUGUAUAAAUGUUGCUUUCAUAUUGACUUCAAUGUGAAAACCAUCAGCGUAGAAUGAUGCUGCAAUCUGAUUUUGAACUAGUUCUAUUUGUAUUAGGCAUUCUCAUUUUGUGCACUUUCUGGUUUUCUUGUUGAAAUGGUUGAAAUGCUGUACAUAUUGGCUUUAUUUGUAAUUCCACAAUGGUAAUAAAUAAUUUAUUUAAAUUA